ACUGCGACGAGUCGGGCAAGUUUUAUUUUUUGAUAACAUCAUUCAAUAAUGGAAAAAGACAAUUUUCUAUACUAUGAUACUACAACAUCAAAGUUCAGGAAGGUCUAACGAGUGAAAUCCUAUAAGGUAAAGCGAUAUUCGACAAGAUAUGACAUGUGAAGUCUAACGGGAUUCAACAACGUUCAGAGAAAAUUACAUUUUUUAUAUUGCAUUAUAUGGAAUGCACCUGUUUGGUACUGAUCAGUUGACCACAGCCAGCUGCUAGGCUGCUAGCUGUUCGUUGCUAUGGUGAUAUAUAUAUCAACAUUGAAGUACAUCAGUCAUCGGUCCUUAUUUGUUGUGAAGCAAACCUUUAACUUAGAUAUUGUUUAAACAUUUCAUUUGUUCAUGUGUUGUACAGUUUAUUUAUCUUGAACUGCAACAUGAUUUUAUGGCAUGGCCGAAUUGCAUAUAAUUGGGCAAAUUUCAUCUGCAAGGAAUUUCAAGCAACCACGACUGCUUUGCAAGUGGAAUUUUUACGUCGGCAAUGGUUGGAAAGUCGUGUCAGGACAUGAAGAAGGACAAACGCAGGAGAGUUGCGAUCUUUAUACCAAUAAUCCAAUCUGGGAUCAUCCUGUAGACUUAUAUUAUACCACCCAGACCCUACAAAAUUCUCCGAAACUAUUACUGCAAGUGUUUUGUAGAGAUAAUUAUGGAAGGAUACUAUUUCUUUCAUACGGUGUACAUAAUAUUCCUUUGUCACCUGGUUCGCAUACGUUAGAAUGCCAUACAUGGAAACCUAUCGACGUAUUAAUCUGCACAAACGAUACCGAUUGUAGCGAGUCAGAUUUGACCAUACAGAAUCCUAAAGUUGACGAUUCAGCUUUAGGAGAGCUGUCAAAUGAUACAGAGGAGGCUAGUACUGCCUCUGUGACAGCGUCUUCAGAAACAACUGCAAAAAUAACUUUCGAUGUAACGGAGCAACCGGAAUUGCAGUCAACGACAAUAUCUUCGACCACUGUUGCUGUGCCUUUAAAUAAUAAUCCAAUUCUCGGAGCCAAACGGAAGGACAUAUGCGAAUGUGAUUUAACUAGAUCUUCUUGCGACGUCAAUUGUUGCUGCGACAUAGACUGCAAUCAGUUUCACCUGUCGGCCUUUUCGCAUUGUCAGGAGGAUUAUCACGAGCUUUAUGACAGCCGGUAUUGCUACAACCGCAAUUUCAUACAACGAAACAACACGCCCUUCAUCUUCGAAAAACUCGCGAAUAAUUUAUUUUGCAUUUUAUACGACAAUCUCCCGCCUACGUACAGCGUUGAUAACGACUCGAUACUAAAAAAUGCAAAAGAUCUGUGGAAAACGGUGCAGAUGAGGAGAUACACGUGGAAAGUAGAGCAUGGCAAGGUAAUGCCGAAGUACAAUUUGUCUAAACAUUAUCAACAUGGAGAUGUAUUGUGGAAAUUACAUGAAAGCUCUAUUGAAGCAGUAGAGUUUCCGCAAACUGGAUUUUCUGGCACCUGUUCUUUUACAAAAACUGUGAGAUAUUUGGAAAACUGGAAAGGUGCAUGCGUGCAAAAUAAAUUAACUAACGCUAAUCGAUAUCUGUUUGCCACAACAUUCAAUAACUUCACUAUUAUCAGUUCCCUGCCAUCAUUUAACGAUACAUUCGUCUCAAAGCAGACGUGUCGGGGCAACGUUUGUUUGCCAGUAAAGUCUCAUUAUUGCCUGAAUUCAUUCUCCACGUGCAACGAAAGCGGGAUAUCUGGAGUCUGCACGAACUCCACCUGUAUCAACGUCGUAAAGGGCUUGAAAUAUGUGAUCGCACAUAAUGGCUCAGCUGGUGUCCACAGCAUUGACGCGUAUCUCGAUAUAGGCAAUGCUUCUCACGCGUUUUAUCAGUAUUUCGAGGUUCGCUAUCACUGGGCAGGCACGAAUGAAACGAAAGCUCUCGCCCGUAGCGGAAAUCCCGGCUACCUUUUGGGCAAACCAAUCGUCGUUGGCUCUCGCGUCAAUGAGAGCGAGGGAAUCUCCUUUAACAAAACUAAUGGAUUUCUCACGCUGCCUGUGGCUGGGAAGAGCGGAGAGUGCGAUCGAAUCGACAGAUAUUUGAUCGCAUUCGGCGAAGAUGUCAGGUCGAGGUGCUCCGUCAGGUUGUCCGUCAAGAAUUUCACCGUCUCGUCGUGCGCGGAACUGCAAAAUCUGACUACACGUCUCUUGACGAAGGAUUCCUUGUUAAGUGCGAACCAGAGUCACGGGAUCUACGUUUCCAAACGGGGUAAUUUCACCAGCAGGAGUAGCGACGAGUGGUCGCGCGUCGCGUUCGACAGGCUACCGCAAAGUGUCGUAACCGCGCACGCAAGUGGAAAGCAAAUUCUGUGUUCAGGAUUAAUCACGUCCUUGCGCGUGGACGUGAUUUAUUCAACGUUGCCGAAGCCCAAAGGUAUGACGAACCACAAAAUAUUGGGAGCGGCCGUUACCUUCGGUAAGGAGGAGGAUGUUAGCUGGCGAAAGUGCGGAGGGAAAAAUUGCACGGAUAUCCUAAGCGUAGACGUUAUUUCCUAUGUCAACUUUCACGAUGUUUCAAAGACGUCCAAGUAUCACUUUGUUGGAGGAUCUAAUUUGGACAUCACUUUGCCCUACGAUUUUUUCUAUCCAUUUCUGAAUGGCUCGGAAAAGAUGGAAGUAUCAAACGUAUUGAUUCUUUUGAUCAUAUAUUAUAUAGGCUUGACGUAAUACCAAAUAUUCGGUUUGAAAUACAGCUUAAUUAUAUAUUUAUAGAUUUAUACAAUCCUAUACUUUCAGUAUCUUUUAUUUUAUUUAGCUAUAAGAUUUUCGCGCGUGAAUCUGAUACCACAAGUAUUAACACAUUGAUGUCCCACAGAAUUCUAGAGUUUAUAGUAUUAAGGAAAAAAUGUGUAGAUUUACAUACUUAGAUGCCUGAAUUUUUUACAUAUUUAUUUUAGAUAAUAAAUAUUAUAUAUAAAUAUAAAUAUACACGUCUGCUUCUCUUUGAUAUGUAAGAAUUGUAACAGUUUAUUUUAUUUUAUUUACAUGUGUAUGAAUGUACAUGAAAUAUGAAAAUCAAGUACAGAUGUAAUAGAUCUUGGGAAAUAUUCGAGCGCUCUAUGAGAAGUAUCUACUUCAAAAAUUUUUUACAUACUAAUAAGAAUUGUUUCUUUGAAUUCCGUCAUGAAUAUUAGCUCAUUAUUACGAUUUAGAAGACUAGUAGAUAUUAAUCUGUAUUCUUACCACAUAUAGGACUGUUACAUAUAGAA